CAAAAGUUAAAAGCCAAUGGGGCCGUGGCAAGUCAGUCAAUCUCAAGUUUGACACCCUAAAUUUAAACGCUGUAUGUGGUCGUGUUUGGCUUAAGUCAAUAAUCUGAAGCGUUUAACGAGGAGCAGUUAGAGUAAGGUAGCUGCGGCUGAAGGUGGUUGUAGGUGUGCCUGAGCAGCUCUAGCCCCCACUGAGUACUGCGCUUUUCCGCCAAGGCUGCACCAGCGGGGCAUCAGCCGGACAUCGAGGGUUUGGACGUCAAGUGCGCCGUGCAAGAAAAUGAAAGGAAAGACCGCAUUUCUACUAAUAGCUUUACUGGGUGUUUCCCAGCUGCUAACGGUAACGCGAUGUGACGAUGAUGAAGAUGCAGAAGGGAUUGACAGUGACGACGAGGGUGGUGACGAUGAUGAUGAUGAUGACGACGAGGAAGAAGAUGACGAUGAUACCGAGGUCAAGGAAGAGAAUGGCGUAUUAAUUCUAACUGACAAAAACUUUGACACCUUUAUAAAGGACAAGGAUACUGUGCUUGUGGAGUUCUACGCACCAUGGUGUGGCCACUGCAAGCAAUUUGCUCCGGAAUAUGAGAAGAUUGCACAGACGCUUAAAGAGAAUGAGCCUCCUAUCCCUGUGGCCAAAGUCGAUGCUACCAAAGAGAGCACGCUUGGGAGUAGGUUUGACGUCAGUGGUUAUCCCACCAUCAAAAUCCUCAAGAAUGGAGAGCCAGUGGACUACGAUGGUGAUCGAUCCGAGCAAGCGAUCGUAUCUAGAGUGAAGGAUGUAGCGCAACCAGAUUGGAAACCGCCACCAGAGGCCACGAUGGUGUUGACAAAGGAGAAUUUUGAUGAAGUCGUCAACAAUGCUGACAUUAUACUAGUGGAGUUUUAUGCACCCUGGUGCGGCCAUUGCAAGCGACUCGCACCGGAGUACGAGAAGGCCGCCAAGGAGCUGCAGAAACGCACCCCCCCCAUUCCACUGGCGAAGGUGGAUGCCACUGCGGAAAGUGAGCUUGCAUCAAGGUUCGAUGUGUCUGGUUACCCGACACUUAAGAUCUUCAGGAAGGGCAAACCUUUCGAAUACAAUGGACCACGAGAGAAAUUUGGUAUUGUUGAUUAUAUGAGUGACCAAUCUGGGCCACCAUCAAAACCAGUUCAGACACUCAAACAAGUUCAGGAGUUCAUCAAAGAUGGCGAUGAUGUCGUCAUUGUUGGUGUGUUUGCCAGUGAUCAGGAUUCUGCAUAUGAAACCUAUCUUGAAGCUUGUAAUAACUUGAGAGAUGACUUCAAGUUCCUACACACAUUCAAUAGUGAUGUUGCAAAGUUUCUCAAAAGUUCUUCUGGUCAAGUGGUUAUGAUGCAACCUGAGAAAUUCCACUCUAAAUAUGAGAAAAAGUCAAAUAUACUGACAAUUACAGACUCUAUCUCUGCAGCUGAUGUCAAGGAAUUCUUUAGCAAACAUGCACUUCCACUGGCUGGGCAUAGAAAACAAAGUAACGACGCAAAGCGCUACGCAAAGCGACCGCUGGUUGUCGUGUAUUACGGUGUUGACUUCAGCUUUGACUACAGAGUUGCCACUCAGUUUUGGAGAAGUAAGGUACUGGAAGUGGCGAAGGACUUCCCAGAGUACACCUUCGCUAUUGCUGAUGAGGAGGACUAUGCUGACGAACUGAAGAGCCUGGGAUUAAGUGAAAGUGGGGAAGAAGUGAAUGUAGGCAUUCUAGCUGAUGGAGGGAAGAAGUAUGCAAUGGAGCCAGAAGAAUUUGACGCUGAUGUCCUGAGGGAGUUUGUCAAGGCCUUUAAGAAAGGUAAACUAAAGCCAAUUAUAAAAUCCCAGCCCAUUCCAAAGAACAACAAGGGUGCAGUGAGAGUGGUGGUUGGGAAGACAUUCGAUGAGGUCGUCAUGGAUCCCAAGAAUGACGUCCUGAUCGAGUUCUAUGCGCCAUGGUGUGGUCAUUGUAAAAAGCUGGACCCGGAGUACCUGGCUCUUGGAAAGAAGUACAAGAAUGAGAGAAAUCUGAUUAUUGCCAAGAUGGAUGCAACUGCCAACGAUGUUCCCCACGAAAGCUACAAAGUUGAGGGGUUUCCAACCAUUUAUUUUGCCCCCAGUAACAACAAGAAGAAUCCCAUUAAAUAUCAAAGUGGAAGCAGAGACUUGGAUGGCCUCUCCAAAUUUUUGGAAGAACAUGCAACAAAACUAUCUCUGAAGGAUGAACUUUAAUCCAUUCAUGAAAUUGCUGAGGACUUUGAAAGGGGACCAUCUGCCGAUGCAGUAGUUGUGGCCUGUGGGGUUUCGGUAAUGAAUCAGUAAUGCUAGGUAGCCCUUUGAGUUCAGGGGUAUUCACCCUUUUAGAAGUCCAUGUUUUCUGAAAUCAAGUUGGGGAAAACCUGCACUGUUUACCAGUCUAUUUUGUUAAAUCUUUUUAAAUAAAAGAUUAAAACUACAAAUUUCUUGUUAAAUUGCCCGUUUCAGCAAUUAACCUCUGUGGUGCAUCUUUUUUCUAUGUAUUUGGUAAAAUGUUAUUUGCAACACGCAUUUGUGUUUGAAAAUGGAGAAACGUCAUUGAACGCUAGCAGGCUUGAUUUAUGCGAAAGCCACUCGUUUAAAAGUAAGUUGGGCAACUUAACACUCAGUGAAUUAAAGUAGGUUAUUACAUAUUCAGGGCUUCGGCGGACGGUAGUCCACACUAACUGACCCAGUUUUAAUUUUUAAGCUGACAAAAAAAUGAAUAACUUAGUCCUGACCAAUUUCAUUCGAUAUACCAUGUAACCAUGUUAACUGCAUGACCUGUGUGUAAAUGGCUGUUUCGCAUCGGUAAAGACUUGACACUAGUAAGACAGUUUGCUGGUUCUAAAUAUUCCGCCUUAGGCGUCCGGGCCCUUUGCAAAUGGCCUGGAUCCCUCCCGUAAAAUCAGUGUGAGUGAAUUUGGGUAUUAAAAAUAGUUGGGUGAAACGUCAGCCGAAGUGCUGGUUUCAAAUCGGAAAGCGAGUUAUUUCCCGUUCUUCUACACUUAGUGACACUAAUGUAAGUGAACGGAAAGUUGUUUGGUCGUCCAUGCAAGCUUCUAUUUGUCAAUAAAACAUUUCUCUGCA